AAGAAAGACGCAGACGCAAAGUCGAGCGCCAGCAGCACGCUCCGAGACAUGAUUAUGGGUUCUGCCCCCAAGCUUAGCAGGCGCGGAUCCAACACCUCAGCCGGCAACCGCUCGGACGGUGGAAGCAAGAAAGGAGGUAGCGAAAGCGGCAAGGGCGGCGGCGAGACGGCCAGCCUGCUGAAGAAGUACGGUGUCUGCGAGAAGGCAGCCAUCGGCAAGGGCGCCACAGCUGUCGUUCGACUCGCGCACAAGUGGGACAGAAGCACCGAGAAGCUCUAUGCCGUCAAGGAGUUCCGCAAGCGCCGCAAGAACGAAACGGAGAAAGAGUACGUCAAGAAGCUCACUUCGGAGUUCUGCAUCUCUUCCACGCUCCACCAUCUCAACAUCGUGGAGACAGUCGACCUGGUCCAGGACGAGAAUCGACACUGGUGCGAGGUGAUGGAAUACUGCCCCGGUGGCGACCUGUACGCGGCCAUCAAGCGAGGCGGCAUGUCUCAGGCCGAGGUCGAGUGCUGCUUCAAGCAGAUCAUCAACGGCAUCGCGUACCUGCACAGCAUGGGUGUGGCCCAUCGCGACAUCAAGCCCGAGAACCUUCUGCUCGAUGCCGUUGGGCACAUCAAGAUCACCGACUUCGGCGUCUCGGACGUGUUCCGCAUGUGCUGGGAGAAGUCGACGCACUACUCCAAAGGUCUGUGUGGCUCGGAGCCAUACAUUGCCCCCGAGCAGUUCGAACACAAGGAGUACGAUGCCCGCCUCGUCGACGUGUGGGCUGCCGCCGUCGUCUUCUAUUGCAUGCAAUUCCAGGAAUUGCCGUGGCGCGUGGCCAAGAUGAGCGACCCAACCUUCAAGGAAUUCGUCCAUCAAUACCACGGCAGCAAUGCGCCAUCGCCCCUCAACAACCUGAGCCCACGAGAGUGCCGGCCUCUGCUCAAGAAGAUGCUCUGCCCUGAUCCAAAGGGAAGGUACAUGACAGAGGAUAUCCUCAAGGAUCCGUGGUUCCAGUCCAUCUCCGUAUGCGAGAACAAUGUUGCGCCCGACCACAAGCAU